AUCAACAAGACACUUACAAUGGUGUCUAAAAUUAUUUCUUUCUCAAUAUUAACCCUAGUUGUUUCCAUAGUUCUCAUAAAUUAUUUUAGUAGAGUUAAAGCAAUCCAUCCUCUCGCACAUCUAAAUGUGCAAGAAAUUAUUCAAGAAUAUGGUUACCCAGUUGAAGUCCACAACGUGGUUACUGAAGAUGGCUACAUACUAACACUCCACAGAAUUCCCCAUGGAAGAGACAACCUCUCCAGAGAACGAAAACCGAUUUUACUUUUACCCGGUAUUCUACAAAGUGCUUGGGAUUUUGUACAUCGUGGACCCAGUUAUUCCAUAGCUUUUAUUCUAUCAGAGAAAGGGUACGACGUUUGGCUGGGUAACGUCAGAGGUACCACUUGGUCUAGAAAUCAUACAACUCUAGAUCCAAACAAAGAUCCAGUUUUUUGGGAUUACACGAUUCAUGAAAUUGGAGUUUACGAUCUACCCGCUUUCAUAGAUUAUGUACUAAAAAAAACACAGCAAAAGUCUAUCCAUUAUCUUGGAUUUUCACAAGGAACAAUUGCGUUUUUUAUGAUGGGGUCCGAAAAAUCUGACUACCUUAGUAAAAUUAAGUUUAUGGCUGCCUUCAGUCCAGCUUUUUACCUGAAAGAUCCAAUAAGCCCCAUCCUGAAAUUCCUUGCCAAAAAUUGGAGAUCUGUACAGGAGCUGCUUAAUUUUUUUAAUUACCGAGAACUAUUUGGAAGAGGCGAUUUAUUUUCAAGUGUCGUAAAAUUCAUCUGUCAUGACGAAAAUUCUAUCUUGAUCAAUCUUUGUAUACACACUCAUUUCAGUAUUUUCGGAUACAGCUACGAUGAAUUGAAUAAGAGUAGGCUACCUCUAACCGCUGCAAAUACUCCAUGUGGUAUAUCAUUGAAGCAAUUCAUACAUGGUCUUCAAAUGUGGGACUCUGGUGACUUCCGUCGGUACGAUUUUGGUACUGAAGGUAAUCUAGAAAAGUACGGUCAAGAACGAGCACCACACUACAAUGUAUCGAGAGUUACAACACCUGUCGCAAUAUAUUAUUCUAGCAAUGACUGGGCUGUCAACAUAAAAAACAUGGAUAGAGUAUUGAAGACUGUUCCCAAUGUGGUGAGAAACUACAAGGUACCUUUAGACGACUUCAAUCAUCUCGAUUUUUUGUAUGCUGAGCACGUUGUUGAUCUUCUGUAUAAGGUCGUUAUAGAUGAUUUGUCGAAGUACUAACUCAUAACGGCUAAAAAUAAAUGUGACGCUUUUUGA